CCCCUAACCUGCUAGAGCGAGGUGGGGGGCGCUGGGGCGGAGCCGUGGGAUCCGUGAUUGGCCGAGGUCGCCGCCAGCCCCCACCCACGGCCCCUCCCCCGCUCCCGGCUUGGGGACUCCAGCGCCCGGCGCGCCACGGCAGCUCUCCAGCGAGCGCGCGUGUAGCCGCCGCCGCCCCGGCACCCGCAGCUCCGGCGCCGCGGCGAGACCUGCGAGAGCCUGGCGAUCGCACGGACCCCUGCAGCCGCAGCAUCCUGGAAGAGAACAUGCUUGCCAACUCAGCCAGCGUGCGGAUUCUCAUCAAGGGAGGCAAGGUGGUGAACGAUGACUGCACCCACGAGGCUGAUGUCUACAUUGAGAACGGCAUCAUCCAGCAGGUGGGCCGGGAGCUCAUGAUCCCCGGCGGGGCCAAGGUGAUCGAUGCCACUGGGAAACUGGUGAUCCCUGGAGGCAUCGACACCAGCACCCACUUCCACCAGACCUUCAUGAACGCCACGUGCGUGGAUGACUUCUACCACGGGACCAAGGCAGCGCUGGUUGGAGGGACCACCAUGGUCAUGGGCCACGUCCUGCCUGACAAGGAGACCUCCCUCGUGGAAGCCUACGAGAAGUGCCGGGGGCUGGCCGACCCCAAGGUCUGCUGUGACUACGCCCUCCACGUGGGGAUCACCUGGUGGGCACCCAAGGUGAAAGCAGAAAUGGAGACACUGGUGAGAGAGAAGGGCGUCAACUCGUUCCAGAUGUUCAUGACCUACAAGGACUUGUACAUGCUCCGGGACAGUGAGCUGUACCAAGUGCUGCACGCUUGCAGAGACAUCGGGGCGAUCGCCCGCGUCCAUGCUGAAAACGGGGAGCUCGUGGCCGAGGGUGCUAAGGAGGCGCUAGAUUUGGGGAUCACGGGCCCGGAAGGAAUUGAGAUCAGCCGUCCAGAAGAGCUGGAAGCUGAAGCCACUCACCGAGUCAUCACCAUUGCAAACAGGACUCACUGUCCGAUCUACCUGGUCAACGUGUCCAGCAUCUCGGCCGGUGAUGUUAUCGCAGCUGCUAAGAUGCAAGGGAGGGUGGUGCUGGCCGAGACCACCACCGCGCAUGCCACGCUGACAGGCCUGCACUACUACCACCAGGACUGGUCCCAUGCUGCCGCCUACGUCACAGUGCCUCCCCUGAGGCUAGACACCAACACCUCCACCUACCUCAUGAGCCUGCUGGCCAAUGAUACUCUGAACAUUGUGGCAUCAGACCACCGGCCUUUCACCACAAAGCAGAAGGCUAUGGGCAAGGAGGACUUCACCAAGAUCCCGCAUGGAGUGAGCGGCGUGCAGGACCGCAUGAGCGUCAUCUGGGAGAGAGGCGUGGUCGGAGGAAAGAUGGAUGAGAACCGCUUUGUGGCCGUCACCAGCUCCAACGCGGCGAAGAUCCUCAACCUGUAUCCCCGCAAGGGCCGCAUCAUCCCGGGAGCCGACGCCGACGUGGUGGUGUGGGACCCGGAGGCCACAAAGACCAUCUCGGCCAGCACCCAGGUGCAGGGAGGAGACUUCAACCUGUACGAGAACAUGCGCUGCCAUGGCGUGCCGCUGGUCACCAUCAGCCGGGGGCGGGUGGUGUAUGAGAACGGUGUCUUCAUGUGCGCUGAGGGCACCGGCAAGUUCUGUCCCCUGAGGUCCUUCCCAGACACUGUCUACAAGAAGCUGGUCCAGAGAGAAAAGACCUUGAAGGUUAAGGGAGUGGACCGCACUCCCUACCUGGGGGAUGUCGCUGUCGUUGUGCAUCCUGGGAAAAAAGAGAUGGGAACGCCGCUCGCAGACACUCCUACCCGGCCCGUUACCCGACACGGGGGCAUGAGGGACCUUCACGAAUCCAGCUUCAGCCUCUCUGGCUCUCAGAUCGACGACCAUGUUCCAAAGCGGGCUUCUGCCCGGAUCCUCGCUCCCCCCGGAGGCAGGUCGAGCGGCAUUUGGUAAAGGCACCGCCCAGCCCCCCAAGUGAGGACGCACCGCUGCCACCAGCCCGCACACCCUCCCGCACCGCUGCGAGGGCAGGAGAGGCUGGGCUGGGCAGCUCACCACCUGAGGGGCCGCCGGACCCGGAGCCCUCCCCAUGUCUGGCACGUGACUCACUGUGCUUCGAGCCGACCCAGCAGGCCCUUUGAGAUGUGUCCCUCCUGCUGCAGUCUUUUCCUGCCCUGGCCUGUGGGGCCCAGGAAGCCCACACUAUGCACAGCCCACCGCAGAGCCUGGCCAGCCCCUCCCCUCACACCUCCGCGUGCUGGCUUCAGGAAAGCCCAGGCUCUAGUGCCCUGCCCCUGGCUGACCCGCCAGUCGUCCGGAGCACUUUAGCAGAUGUGUUUAAAGGGACUCCCUUCCCCAUCCCCUUAGGCCCCGUGGUCACCUUUCUCAAGUUAGACGGGUGUUAGCUGCCCAGCUGUGCACAGAAUGUCCCGUUUCUCCUGACUCAGCUCCGGCCCUGUGUGGAUGCGGUUGGGACACCCUGGGUGUGGGUGUUGUUGGGACACUCUGUACCCUUAACCAGCUUCCUCUCCCCACCCCGCCCUCUGGGAGUCAUGCCCAGAAGGGCUAGCUGGGCGGGGCGCAAGCCUGGUGCCAGGCGCGUGUACAUGAUUUUGUUUUGCACGUUUGGUUUGCGCAGUGGUUUGGUUUGACUUGUUCGUGCAUCCUGUGAAAAAUAACGGUGCUUUGUGUCAUAGCAUAGCAUAGAAACAGGGGUAGAUGUGGACCUUAGGAGAUGCUGCACUCGACACCAACCAGACAGCCCAGGGCAUGGAGGGGGAGGAGGGUGCUAGACUUACAGACCCUCUCCCCCCAUGGAGUCCUCCAGGCUGCACAGGCCCCAUCCCAGGCCCUGUUCCCAUCGCCUCCCCGCCUGGUCUAGUUCCCUACAUUCUGAGAGGAUGUCCAGGAUGCUGACCCUGGAGACCUCUGGGGAACAAGAAGGCCUUUCCCGUCUCUCAAACACCCAGCUUCCUGUAAACCGCCUGCUGUACAAGGCCUGGCUGCUCCUCCUGUGUGAUUGGCAAGAGGCCUGAUGUCUGCUAAGAGGGGGGGAGCAGGACGAGGGCGUGGGUGGCGAGGUGCAGGGAAGGAGGCCAGGCCAGCAGAACCUGGCUGUAGAGCCUGCAUUGCUUGUGCUCUAGUCCCCCGUGGACGGCACCGUGCCCUCACCUGCUGUGGCCUCCAUCGUCUCCCAUACCCAGUGGGGCCCUCCCUGCCUGCGAAGCUCCAGGAGGUUUCCAUGGAAACCCCUGAGGCUGGUGAUCUCCCAGCUGCCUGCCCUUGUGAAGCCUUGUCCUCCCCUCCGGGAAGUGAUUUCAUGUUGCACCUUCAGUUUGAGCGCCCCAGGCUGCGCGUGGCUCCUGGACUCGGGCGAGCGGUCACACCCCGUACAUCGUGCUGUUCAUGUUUCAAAGCACUUCCAUAUACAAGCUCUCAAAUGCUUCUCACCACAGAGCAUGUAUGACUCUCCCCAUUUCAAAGAUGAGGCCCAGAAAGUUGAGGCCUUCUGACCCCAGACGUGUCCAUGACUGCCCUUAAGGGCUUGGCUGUCUCCCCCAGCUGUGGAAAGGAAGAGUGGGGUGAGGUCCCUUGUAGAUCCCUCAGAGUCUAACCAGUCAGAAGACUCGCUGGUAGGCAUUUUGCUUUGUUUUGCACAGGUCGGUAGGUUUUUGUCAUAAACAAACUGAUGCAUAUUCCCCGGAUGAGCCAGGACUCCUUACAGGUCGGGGUUUGGCCAUGUGGUUUGAGCUGUCUCCACAUCUCCAUUUGUCCCUCCAUGCUCAUCUUCCUCACUCAGGGGCUGAUCGGACAGAGACCGUAACCCAGGGAACAGAGGCAGCAAAGACACUGGUGGAGGGAGGCAGCCAUGGGCACAGGAGUAGGGAGGGCUCUGGGCCUGGGGAGCCAUGGCACUGACCCCUUGGUACAGUGCACUUCGUCUUUAUCUCUUCAGCCUUUGCUGGGUCUUGGACCUUGGGCAGAUGCCAAAGAGCCAAGCAGGGGUGGCGGCCCAUGGGCAGAGGAUCCCUGCUCCGGCUAGGAAAGCUUUACCUUCUCUGAGUGCCUCCGCCUGAGCGGUGCAUGGCCCGGGGCUCUGGGAGGCCACGUCUUCACAUGGUCCACCAUAGGCCUUCCGCUUCAUCCACCCUGAUCCUUACAGAGACCCCCACCCUUGCCCAGGAGCUUCUAGAUGGAAAUCAGAAGGAGGUUCAAGGAACCAAAUCAAUGGUCAGCCCCCACCGCCCGCUCCUUGCCCCUGUGCAGGGCUCCAGCCGGCUCCGUCACCAACCCCACUGGCUCCUGGUUGCACUGAAUGCAGCUCUCAAACUGGUCUUGUACUUGCUGAAUAAAUACUGUUGUUCUUGCCGUAGCUGCUCUCUAGGUUUGCGGGGUUAAGUUACAGACAAUUGUGCUACUGUGUGUGCGUGUGUGUGAGUGUGUAGUGCUAGGAGUCCGCAGUAGGUCUCUGUCAAGCCAAUGCCGUCAUGAGGGCUUUUCCAAUACCGACCCAGAAACCACAGAACCACACAGAAACCCAAACCCCCUCCAGCUGCCCAGGCGGCAGGCACAGCCCGGGGUUGGGAUGGAGCCUCCGGCACCCCAGCACCCAGGUGACUGACUCCCCCACUCCUCUGUAAAAGUCAUGGUGCUAAGAUUGUGUCAACCCCAAAGCAACACAUGGUCCUGUGCUUUGACCACCCAUUGGAGGCAAAAACAAGACAGCCCGACACAUUGUGUUCUGGUGCAGGUUUGUAUUAAACUGUAGCUACUUC